AUGCGGCAUUGCGUCGCUUGGGGCUGCGUCACCUCCGAGUCCACAGCCAAUAGUUUCAGAGACUUUUGGCUCUCUCUGGGCGGCGGGCCCUUGAGUAUCGACACCCUAGGCAGUGAUCCGUCCAGGCAGGCACGACGAGGAACAGACCCUGGCAGACCUCGUGGUCGUCCUGAGGCUCAGGUUGCGGGCAUUGCGCAACGGAGCCGCUCGGUCUUUGAGCCUCGGGCCAGUGAUCGCUAUCACCAGUUGGAUGAUGGCCCUCGGCGUCAGGACAGUAAGUAUUUGGCGGCCUUGUCGGAUGUGCGCUUGGAGGGCUCCAACGAAGCCGUGUACUUCGUCCUGAGGGGCUUGGGCAUGAAAGCAUCCCCAGGUCCAAAUAGCCUGCCGCGGAUUGAAAUCAUGGCCGCGCAGCAUCCGAGGCUCUAUGCGGCAUUGCGUCGCUUGGGGCUGCGUCACCUCCGAGACACCAUUGUUUUGGAACCCUCUGCAGGGACGUUGGAGCGGUUACCGGCGACCAGCAGCACUAGCGAUCUGAAAGUUCCAAGGCCCCAUGACCCUCAGAGCCGCAGCUCCAAGACCCUGCGCAGCAGCAAUCGCAUGGAUCGCAAGCGCAUGGCACACGAGGUGAUCCGGGCACCUCUCAUGGAAUUUAUUCCGAUCAUCUCCAAGGCACACCGAGCAGCUGCUCCACCGUCGGCCACAUCCAUGUUGCCUGCAGCCAAGGCGGAGGAGAUGUUAGCCCAGCUCCGUGCGGAACGGUGCUCCAUGCGGUCGCAGGGCCCCCCCUCAGAGGAGGCGGAGGCGUCGAGAUACAGCAUUCCUUGCAUUGGUGCGCGACCAACACGCACUCCCGAAGAGCAAGAGGAGUUCUUUGCGAAGUUGGCUGGCCGCCACGGCAGCCUCGCGCCGGAAUUGACGGAAGAAGCGCUGCCAGGGCCUUCCUUGAGAUUAAGACCUGUUCGAAGCGCAGAGGAGCAGAAGCAGUAUUUUGCAAAGCUGUCCGUUCCUCGCGUGGUGAGACCCAAGGUCUUACCCUUCGAGUUGGGUCAUCGGGUCCAGUCGUCUUUCGGUAGAGCAGCAGAACGGCACCUGCUGGGAAGACUGGAAAGGCUUCAUGAGACGAAGCAGAAGGCCAUCAUGGAGCAGGAGGCACUGGAGGCCCAAGCACGUGUCCGCGAGGUGCGCCGUGCCCUGUAUGGUGACGAUGCUAGUGAGGAUGAGAUGACCGAAGGGAUCUUCCCACCAGACCCGAGCCCAGAAGCUUCUGAGGCCGCCUUCAGUGAUGGCUGA